AAUGGAUUAGAAUUAACCAAAAAAAGCAAUAAAGAGAGCUUAUUGUAGAAAAGGGAAACCUUAGAUGGUAUUUAGAACAGAAAGUGAAAAAAUGAGAUAAUUAUUAUAAAUAAUUGAUGAGAAUAAUAAAGUAGAUAACCUAGAUAAAUAAAUAACUUCUAACACUUCUAAUUCAUAAUUAAAAAAUGAUUUUGAAUAACAACAGAGUUCUCAAACUCAAUAAAGUGAUAAAAAUACUUAAAAUACAACUCCAUCUCAGGCAUAAGUUUAGCCAAGUGUAGAAUAAACAGCAAAAUAAACUUUAGAAAUUAAGAUAAUAAAAAAAGCUUAACCUUAAGAAUUAAUAAAUGAAACUCAAAAGAAAAAGUUAAAACCAGAUGAAAAUUAUGAAUAAAGAUUUUGUCAAAUGAAAUGUGAAUUACAAAGUUUUUUAAGUUAUUGGAUCAUGAAGCUUAAAUCUUCUGUUAUUGAUACAUAAUAAAUGGUAGAACAAUUGGAGAAAUUUAAAUUAUGA